AUGUCGUCACGUCCAAACGCGCCGAACAGGCGCUCGACGAAAGGCGAGUACAUCGAGACGGACACGGGCAACAAGAUCUCUCGACGCGCCCAUAUCGAAGGCAAGCAAAACAUCAUGCUGGGAGGAAAGUCCGUUUUGAUGGCCGGCGUGACUCUACGAGGCGACUUGCACCGUCUCCAAGACCAGUCCGACGGCGACGAUCGAUCCAAGGCAUCAGUAACAGCGAUCAACAUCGGAAGAGCCUGCAUAAUCUCCACAAACUGCACCCUCCGCCCACCCAUGCGCAUCCACCACGGCACCAUGACCUUCUACCCGAUGCGCAUGGGCGACAACAUCUUCAUCGGCCACUCCACGCACGUCUCGUCCAUCCACAUCGCCUCGCACGUGCACAUCGGCGCCAACUGCGUCCUGGGCCCGUUCAGCGUCAUCAAGGAUAAUUGUAAGGUCUUGCCGAAUACGGUCGUGCCGCCACAUAUGAUUGUGCCUGCUGGGUCGGUUGUCGCGGGGAAGCCUGCGAGGAUUGUGGGUGAGGUCGGGGAUGGGUGGGGACAGGGAGGGGGUGCGGAGGGAGAGGAUUGGGUUGAGGGGGGUGAUUUGAGGGUUGUGGUUAGGGCUAUUAAGGGGUGA